GGUUUGUGAAUGACGGCUUUUAUUAUUUAAUAUUAUUGUAUUAAAUAGUUUACAGUCUUACAGACAACAGAUAAACAAGAGUGUAAGACUCAGCUUUAGUCGAGAGACAGUUAAUGCUGUAAGCAGUAUGCGCUGUAGGCACUAAUCACUAAUAAAUAAGUAAUGACUAAUAACACGUAAUAACUAAUACCCUGCGGCCUGCACCGACGCAUGAUAACCAGUCACCCAUUCUACUACCACCCGCCUAAUCAUAACGCAUUAUGCCCGAUAGUGGGAGUGCACGUUCUGUCGUUGAACAGUAAUAUUACUGCAGAAGCGGCUAUUUUUAGAAAACAAAUUGGAAUUAUUUAAAAAUAAUAUGAAAUAUAUUAUAUUAAUAUCACAGUCCAUACUCUAUGGUAUAAACUAUUUUGUGAUAAAUAUAAUGAAACGACUAACCACUAACGAGACAAAAAUAAUUUGUUUGGGUAUUAGGAGUCUUGUACUCUUGUGCAAUAGUUGUAUACUUGUAUGGUUAAAUGGUUACAACUUAAAAAGUAUAUUUACUCGUGUUCUUGAUUCGCAACUCUCAUGCCUGUUAUUUUUCGUUAUUUUUCUAAUAAUAAAAAUAUAUAUUAUUAAUAUAUUAAGUUAUUAAGUAUGAAUUUGACGUGUGAGUUUUGUCGACGUGAUCGAAAUAAUCAAAAUGAUACAAAUUGGAAAAGACACAUCGAAUCAUGUCAAAAAAAAAAUAAAAGACAAAAAGUUAAUUUGGAUGGAUUUUUUAAAAAAACAAAUAAAAUCUCUACCUCUAUUCAGCGAAGUGACAUGAUGGUUAACGUAGAUGCCUCUUCACCGUCUUCGAGCACAGUUAAAACAUCCAUUGAUAAACUAGAAUUGUCGUGCAAAAAUUCAGUUACAGCUAUAUCCAGUCCCAGUGAAAAUUUAAGUCAGAUGCAAUAUAUUGCUUCAUCUGAAUUGAGCACAAAUCAUUUUGAUUCAGAUAAACUAGUAGAAUUGGACAGUUUCGAUAAAAAUAAAAGCAAUGAUGAAAAUAUAUUGAUGGAUGAAAAAAGUGAAGCACCAUCUCCAACAACUGAUCACGAUUAUCAAUUACUUUCAAAUGAUCUUACCAAAAUUUCUGUUGAUGAUAUAUUGACGGAGAAAGAAGUCGAAGGACCAAUACCGUCUCCAACAACUGAUUAUGGACAAAGUGAUUCAAGAACAGAGAACGAUCCUGUAAGAUUUUCAAAUACAAACAAAAGAUUAAGUUUUGAAGAGAAAAAGUAUAUUUUAAACUUGGGUGCUUCUCAACCAACAUCUCAGCAGAUGCCAUUCCAGAAAUUCCCAAAAACUAACAAAUACAGUUUCCAUCCUCAGUGGUACACUAGAACUUUGCCUGAUGGAUCUAUAGGAUACCGUAAAUGGUUAUCAUAUUCAAUUUCAUGUGACAAAGUAUUUUGCCUUUAUUGCAUGUUAUUCGGUAAAUCUCCUAAGAAAGCAUGGGUUUAUGAUGGUGUUUCUCGUUGGAAGGAUGGAAACCAUAUGUUAACAUUCCAUGAAACUUCAUCAAUACACAUAGCUGCAUCAAUUGAUGCAACUAUACAUGAGAAAUGUUCCCCAAUAUUACCAGCAUUAGAAGAAAAAAAGAAAAUUGAUGUUCAAACUAACAGAGUAGUUGUCAAACAACUGAUAGAUAUUACGCUAUUUUUAGGAAAACAUGGACUUGCGUUUAGAGGCCAUAAAGAAAAGUGGACAGAUUCUGUCCAUGGAAAUUUUAAAGAUCUAGUUAUUUUAUUAGCCGAAUAUUCACCUGUAUUGUCGUCAUAUAUUACUCUUUUAAAAGAUAAGGGAAAAUCUAUGACAUCAUUAAUAUCAUGGCAACGACAAAAUCAGUUGAUUGAUGCUAUUUCAAAUUCAAUAAACAAUUCGAUCUUACAAGAAGUUAAAAAUGCUUGUGUUUUCAGCAUAUCUAUUGAUACAACAUUUGACAUAUCUAGACAAGAACAGGUGUCUUUCAUAGUGCGUUAUGUUGAUGAAAGCAAUGGUAUGAUCUAUGAACGUUUACUUGCAAUGUGUUCUACUGCAUCUACUAAAAGUGAAACACUAUUUAAUAUCUUCAAAGAAGUUUUUAAUAAAACUUGCCUUGAUUGGAAAAAAAACCUUAUAGGACAGUCAUAUGAUGGUGCAGCUAAUAUGAGGGGCGAGUAUAAUGGCUUACAAGUUAAAAUUAAAAAUGAAAAUCCCCAUGCUGUUUAUAUUUGGUGUUGGGCUCAUCGUCUGAAUUUGGUAGUGGAACAAGGUGUUGCAAGUUGCCUUGAAGCAGUUGAUUUCUUUGGAAUUUUGGGAAAAGUCUUUGAUUUUAUAUGUAGCAGUAAAAAUCGUGUUUUUCUUUUUGAUAAAAAUCAAAAAAUGCGUAAUCCCAAAUUACCAGUUCGUCGUUUGAAACGUGUAACUACUACUAGAUGGAGUAGCCACUCUACAGCUUUAGGUACAAUUUUACUGACUUGGGAAUCUUUAGUUGAUACACUGGAAGAUAUCUGGACAUCAGAAGCUUCAUCAGAUGCAUCAUCAUUUCUUUCAUAUUUUCAAUCUGAACGAUUUCUGUAUACAUGUUUUUUAUUUAAACAUAUUUUUUCCAUACUUGAUCCAUUAAGCAAAACCUUCCAAGCAAAAGAUGUAGAUCUUAUCACAGCAACAUCAAUGAUAAGAUCUAAAAAAGAACAAUUAUUAAAGCUCCGCGAAGACUUUAAAUCAAUUGCUAUUGAAGUGAAGCAAUUCAUUGAAAACCAUAAAGAUGAACAUUUUACUCCUUUACCACAAAAACGAACAAGAAAAAGAAAAAUGAUGCCUGGAGAACAAGCAAUAGAUGAACCAAUUUCUGACCCUUUGACUAAUUUUAAGUAUCACACUUUUUAUGUAGUGCUUGAUAUCAUAUACAGUCAGAUCAGUCAAAAAUUCAAUGAAUCAACUCUGUCUAUAUUUAAAGAUUUAUCACUAAUAACUAAAAAAAGGAUUUUAGAAAUAAAAACGGAUAAUAAAAAAUUACCUAGUGAUGCCUUUGAAAGUGUAGCAUCAAUAUAUUCUAAGUAUUUUAAUGCAGAAAUGUUAAGGACAGAAUUCAUAUGGCUUGUUAGUUGUUUUUCUGAUUUAGAAAAAACCAUUUGUCUUCCAAAAUAUCUUCAUAAAGAUAAUAAAACAUAUUCUGAUUCUGAAUCCCAUAAUUCUGAUUCAGAGUCUGAUGAAGAAUUAAUUCUUAAAGACCAUAUUGAAGAUUUUACUAAUAGCAGCUCUCUUAUUUAUAUAUUCAAAUUAAUUUGCAGUUCAAAUAUCAGAUUUACACUACCAAAUAUUUACAUGCUGGUCAAAAUUGCAGUGACAUUACCUGUUUCCAGUGCUUCGACCGAACGCAGUUUCUCAAAACUUAAAUUAGUAAAAACUAGAUUGAGAUCAACUAUGGCUGAGUCUAGAUUAGAAGGCUUAAUGCGCAUUGCAUGCGAACAAGAUAUUGAAAUUAACACUGAUAGUGUUAUAAAUAAUUUUGCGAAAAAUAGUAGCCAGUUAUUAAAAUUAUUAACUUAAUUACCAUUUAUACUUAUGAACUUACAGUGUAACCUGCUUUAAUAAAACAAUUAUUUAUGUAUA